GAGAGUCAGGACAGGAUGAGGGAUAGUUCAGUUCCAAGCUCAGCUUCCUCGUCAGUGACAGAUCUAUACAACACUCCCCGCAGCAGUAGGUCAGACCUCUUCCUCCCAGGUACAUCUGGAGACUUCAGCCUGAGUGCCUGCUUAUCAGCCUGCACCCUUCUUUAUGAGGGUGCGGUGGAGCCCAUGCAGAUUGAUGUAGAUCCCCAAGAAGAUCAGCAAAAUGCACCUGAUAUCAACUAUGUGGUGGAGAACCCAACUCUGGAUCUGGAGCAGUACGCAGCAAGUUACAGCGGCCUGAUGAGGAUUGAGCGAUUGCAGUUCAUUGCUGACCAUUGCCCACAGCUGCGAGUGGAAGCCCUGAAGAUGGCGCUCUCAUUUGUCCAAAGAACAUUCAAUGUGGAUGUUUAUGAGGAAAUUCACCGGAAGUUGACUGAAGCUACCAGAGAUCUGCAGAACACACCUGAUGCUGUCCCAGAUGGCGGGAUAGAGCCCCCUCCUUUAGACACAGCGUGGGUUGAGGCUACACGCAAAAAAGCUCUUCUCAAGCUGGAAAAGUUAGACACAGAUCUUAAGAAUUAUAAAGGGAAUUCAAUCAAGGAAAGCAUCAGGAGAGGCCAUGAUGACUUGGGAGAUCACUACCUUGACUGUGGAGACCUCAGCAAUGCCCUUAAAUGUUAUUCACGAGCCCGUGAUUACUGCACCAGUGCAAAACAUGUUAUUAACAUGUGCCUCAAUGUUAUCAAGGUCAGUGUUUAUCUUCAAAACUGGUCCCAUGUCCUGAGCUAUGUGAGCAAAGCAGAAUCCACGCCAGAGAUUUCAGAGCAAAGAGGAGAACGGGACAGCCAGACACAGGCCAUCCUUACCAAAUUGAAAUGUGCUGCAGGCUUGGCUGAACUAGCUGCCCGGAAAUACAAGCAGGCAGCAAAGUGCUUCCUGUUGGCUUCAUUUGAUCACUGUGAUUUCCCUGAGCUGCUUUCUCCUAGCAAUGUAGCUGUAUAUGGUGGCCUGUGUGCACUCGCAACCUUUGACCGACAAGAAUUGCAACGUAAUGUCAUUUCUAGCAGCUCCUUCAAACUCUUCUUAGAGCUGGAACCACAGGUGCGUGACAUCAUCUUCAAGUUCUAUGAAUCCAAAUACGCUUCAUGUCUCAAGAUGCUGGAUGAGAUGAAGGAUAAUCUGCUAUUGGAUAUGUACCUGGCACCUCACGUGAGAACGCUUUACACCCAGAUCCGAAAUCGGGCCCUCAUCCAGUAUUUCAGCCCCUAUGUGUCAGCAGACAUGCGCAAGAUGGCCACUGCCUUCAACACCACUGUGGCAGCUCUGGAGGAUGAGCUCACUCAGCUGAUCCUAGAGGGGCUAAUAAAUGCCAGAAUAGACUCCCACAGCAAGAUUUUGUAUGCCAGAGACGUUGACCAACGCAGCACUACCUUUGAAAAGUCCCUGCUCAUGGGAAAGGAGUUCCAGCGUCGCGCCAAAGCUAUGAUCCUACGAGCUGCUGUCCUGCGCAAUCAGAUCCACGUGAAGUCUCCUCCACGAGAAGGAAGCCAAGGUGAACUCACUCCAGCAAACAGCCAGUCCCGGAUGAGCACCAACAUGUGAAGCUCUCUGAGCCAGCAAAAGACUGUCCCUUCCCUCCCUGCCCCACACACCCAGGGCCAUGUGCAUCCAGUAUCCACAACAUCAGCUGCCCCUUGGUGCCUUUUCAGACCCUCUGGCUGGGGGGCAGGGGGGGCAGGACUGUUGAAGACAAGCUCGGAGAGCCUGAGAACUCCUUUUAGAACAGACACGUUUGUCAGAUGCAGCCCUUUGAGAAUAUGCAAGCCGGCAAGUGCUGGCUUCAUCUUGUCCUUCCCCGGGGUUUCUCACAAACAGAAGCUGAUCCUGGUUUCAUUCAGCUGCCAGAAGAGCUUUGUUGUUUCUGUUCAGUAAAAGAUAAAUCGCAUGAA